AUGAGCCAGUGGACGCUGCUUGGCUGGGCAUUGGUUGUCGCAGCUCCUGGCGUGGCAGACGGACGUGGCGUCGGCGCAGUUGCGCUCGCAGUCCUGGAGCAGUUCCCUGAGGAAGUCGUAGAAAGUCUCCGUGAGGUACACCACCCAGGAGAGGUAGAGGUGGGCGUGCUCCUUGGCGAAGGUGGCGCGUACGUCGUGGCCGAGUGGCUUGAGUGUGCCAUGGUCACUGGUGCCGAAGACUGUACUGACGUCCAGUGUCACGCCCCGCUGCCAGAAGCACGCGUCGCCGACGGCGUCCUCGAAGGCCGCCUUACGGUGCUCAACGCUCUGAGUCCAGUCACAUAUGAACUGGUAGUAAAAGGCGAACAGGUCGUCUGGCGUCCGUGGCGGGCGGGUGAGGAGGCAUUCCAGGUAGCCGCACAGCCUGGUGAGGGGCGACGAUGCGCCGCCGCAGAAGGCGCCGAGGACGUCCAUGAUGCUUCGGCCUUGGGAGGCACGGGAGGCCAGCCUGUCGAGCCACCCGCCGUACCGGGUGUUGUAGAGGCACCGGCGGUAGAGGAGAUACAGCUGGUGGUGGAGGCGUUUGAGCACAUCGUACAGCAGGCAGAGCAAAGCGUCCGCGUCGCCGGGGUAGAGCAGGCCUCCCGGAUCCCUCCACUUGCCGUCUUUGCCGCACUGCUCCGCCAGCCUGGUGAAGGCGUCGCACAGUGUGGGCAGCGUGGUGAGAAAGACCUUGGCGCACUUCUCACCUUCUUCAUCGGUGAACGUCUGCCCGGCGUAGGCGGAGACGUACGCAGAUGUGAACUCGGCGGCGAACUUUGUGAGCCCCUCCACCAGGCCGUCCAGCACGGGGGUAGAGGGCUUGGCGAAGCUCUCAGGUCGCAGGUUACUCAGCGCGUCGGUGAGGCUGCGGAGCAGGGCUUGGAGUCGGUGGUCGAAGGUAUCCUCAGUUCUAAUGUAUUCAAGCAACGCAUUAAAUGA